CACAAAAGAUGCAAAUUAACAAGCUCCUUUUUGUUUAGUUCAUAACUGCGGCCAAUCAAAUUAAAGGAAGUGAAGGCGGGGGGAACUCCCCAUGGGAGGCAAAGUCCUUAAGAGGCCUCUGUAUUAUUUAAAUUACAUCUGGCCCAAUUUUUAUCUGGUUACAGUGCAAACGGAAUAAUUCGAUUUAUUAAACUAGCUGCUCUCUCAGUUAUACGGACGGUUCGGUAUCUACUGGUCUACCCAUUGCCCUGAUGCUGUUGGAGGAAUACAUGUGGACCUGCUUCAGAUCAUGAUGGUGCAGGACAGAAGCAUUAUGAAUGCUCAGUUCAGAAACCACCCUACACCACAGCAAGUACCAUCCGCUUGGAGUAACCUCGACCUCGAAAGCAACGCUCCAGGUGGGUAUUGUGGGGGUUCGUGGCUGCAGACACCUCCCCAUCUAUGGACCAAGUGCCACGUAUGGGAGUGGCUCCAGCACACUCUGGAUGCCAACCAGCUGGAUGCCAACUGCAUCCGUUUUCACGACUUCGACGUCACCGGCGAGCAGCUGUGCUCCAUGUCCUUCGAGAUCUUCAGCCACGCGACCGGACCUCUGGGCCCACUGCUCUUCAGCAGCCUCGAGAACCUAAAGUGGAGCAGCAAGUUCCUGCAGCCAAUGGGGCAGCCAUUAAUGAUAGAGCAGAGAGGUUCCUUUAUCACUGACAUGGUAUUCCCAGUGAAUGACACAAUUAAAUCACAGGCAUUCGAUCUUGCUGACGAGGGAGAGGUGGGGAGAGCAGAGAUUGAAUUGAAGCCUAUCACCCAGGACACUCCAGAUUGUCAAGGUAAAGAACACCAAGUCCAGUCCCAGAGACCAAAUGGGAAAAAACACAGUCCUAGGGGAACGCAUCUGUGGGAGUUUAUUCGAGACAUCCUCCUGGACUCUGAGAAGAAUCCUGGACUGAUCAAGUGGGAAGACCGAUCCGAAGGGGUUUUUCGUUUCCUCAAGUCCGAGGCUGUGGCUCAGCUCUGGGGGAAGAAGAAAAACAACAGCAGCAUGACGUACGAGAAGCUGAGCCGGGCCAUGAGAUAUUAUUACAAGCGUGAGAUCUUGGAGAGGGUGGACGGCCGCAGAUUGGUCUAUAAAUUUGGAAAGAAUGCUCGUGGUUGGAGAGACUGUGACCGAUAGUCGGGAUUCUUGGAGAUCACAGUGGGAUUGAUUUCCACCUCGUGAAAGUGACACCAGAAUGGUUGCUGUUAUUUAUAUGUAUAGAAAAAUGAUGAAGCUGGUCGUUAAUCCUUUCCAUUUGUCUAUCAUCUGCCGCUCCAGACCUUGCUGCCAGA